AUGAAACAGCAGCAGAGACGGGAGCAAAGGGUUGAGAAUCCCUAUGAAUGUAAAGACUGUGGGAAAGCCUUCAGACUUAACAUAGAACUUAUUCAGCAUGAGCGAAUACAUAGUGGAGAGAAACCCCAUGAAUGUGAGGAAUGUGGGAAAGCCUUCAAGGGACACUCAGAACUUAUUGAACAUGAGAGAAUUCACAGUGGAGCAAAACCCUAUAAAUGUAAGGAAUGUGGGAAAGCCUUUAGGAGGAGCUCAGGCCUCAGUAGACAUAGGAGAAUUCAUAGUGUAGUAAAACCCUAUCGAUGUAAUGAAUGUGGGAAAUCCUUUAAGAGAAGUACAGGCCUUAGUCAACAUCAGAAAGUUCACAGUGGAGAGAAGCCCUAUGAAUGUAAUGAAUGUGGGAGAGCCUUCAAGGUUAGCACACACCUUAUUAGGCAUCAGAGAAUUCACAGUGGUGAGAAACCUUUUGAAUGUAGUGACUGUAGAAAAGGCUUCAGAGAACAUUCAGACCUUAUUAAGCAUCAGAGAAUUCAUACUGGAGAAAAACCCUUUAAGUGUGAUGAAUGUGGUAAAGCUUUUCGGGGGCAAUCAGGUCUUCUUGAACAUCAGAGAAUUCAUAGUGGAGCAAAACCAUUUGAAUGUAUUCAGUGCGGGAAAGCGUUUAGAAGGAGUUCAGAGCUUACCAAACAUCGGCGUAUUCAUACAGGAGAAAAACCCUAUGAAUGUAAGGAAUGUGGGAAACCUUUCAGGCAGAGCUCAAGCCUUCUGGAACAUCAGAGAAUUCAUACAGGGGAGAAACCUUAUGAAUGUAUUGAAUGUGGGAAAACCUUCCGGGGACCUUCAGACCUUAUUAAACAUAGGAGAAUUCAUAGUGGAGCAAAACCUUAUGAAUGUAACGAAUGUGGGAAAACUUUCAGGAGGAGUUCAGGUCUUAAUCGACAUCGGAGAAUUCAUACUGGAGAACAAAACCGUGAGUGUAAUACAUGCGGGAAAUCUUUUAGCAGGAAUUCAAGCCUUCUUGAACAUCAGAAAAUUCACAGUGGAGAGAGACCCUAUGAAUGUAGUGAAUGUGGGAGAGCUUUCAGUAGGAACUCGAGCCUUCUUGAACAUCAGAGAAUUCACAGUGGAGAAAAGCCCUUUAAAUGUAAUGAAUGUGGGAAAGCCUUCAAUAGGAACUCAAGCCUUAUUGAGCAUCAGAGAAUUCACAGUGGUGAGAAACCUUAUGAAUGUAACGAAUGUGGCAAAACCAUCAGUAGAAAAUCAAGCCUUAUUGAGCAUCAGAGAAUUCACAGUGGAGAGAAACCAUAUAGAUGCAGCAAAUGUGGAAAAGCCUUCCGGGGACACUCAGACCUUUCUAAACAUAAGAGAAUUCAUACUGGAGAAAAACCCUAUCAAUGUAAAGAAUGUGGUAAAGCCUUUAGGAUUAGAUCAGGCCUUACUAACCACCAUCGGAUUCACACAGGAGAAAAACCUUAUUCAUGUGAUGUGUGUGGUAAAAGCUUCAGGGCACAGUCAGACCUUAUUAAGCACCAGAGUGUUCACACUGGAGCUAAACCCUAUGAAUGUAGGCAAUGUGGGAAAGCCUUCAGAGUGAAUUCAGAUUUUAUUAAACACCAGAGAAUUCAUACAGGAGAGAAACCAUAUGAAUGUAAUGAAUGUGGGAAAGCCUUUCGGAUCAGUUCAGGCCUUAUUAGCCACCAGAGAAUUCAUACAGGAGAAAAACCCUAUCAUUGUAAUGAAUGUGGAAAAAGUUUUAGGCGGCACUCAGAUCUUAUUGAACACCAGAGAAUUCACACGGGAGAAAAACCCUAUGAAUGUAAUAAAUGUGGGAAAACCUUCAGGGGGAACUCAGACCUCAGUAAACAUCAGAGAAUUCAUACAGGAGCUAAACCCUAUGGGUAUAAGAAAUGUGGGAAAGCCUUUCGAAUUAGCCUUCUUCUAAAUGGUCAUAAGAAUGUGGUGCACAAAAGAGAAACUCCAUUUAAAUGCCAAGAGUGUGGUAAAGGCCUCAAAAAGAAUUCAGACCUAGCUAAACUUCAGAAACUGUAUGGUGUAAAGAAAGCUUGGAAAUGUGGGGAAUGUGGGAAAGGCUUUAGGAACAGAUCGGCUCUUAUUGUCCAUGUGGGAAUUCAUAGUUCAGAUAGACCUUUUAAAUGUACAGAAUGUGGGAGCGCCUUUAGGCAAAACUCAUCUCUUUUGAAACAUCAGAGGUCACACACUGGAGAGAAACCCUUUAAAUGUAAUGAAUGUGAUAGGGCCUUUAGUCAGAGCUCAUCUCUUAUUGACCAUCUUAGAAUUCACACUGGAGAAAAACCUUAUGAAUGCACUGAAUGUGGGAAAGCUUUCAACAAGAGUACACAUCUUACUCAACAUCAGAGAACUCAUACUGGAGAAAAACCAUAUGAAUGUGUUGAAUGUGGGAAAGCCUUUACCCGGAGCACACAUCUUACUCAGCAUCAAAGGAUUCAUACUGGAGAAAAACCCUAUAAAUGCAUUGAGUGUGGGAAAGCCUUCAAGGAUGCUUCAUCCCUAAAUCGACAUCAGUUCAUUCAUACUGGAGAGAGACCAUAUAAAUGUGGUGAUUGUGACAAAGCUUUCAGUGGCCUCUCAAGCCUUAUUCAGCAUAAGAGAAUCCAUACUGGGGAAAAACCUUAUGGAUGUAAGGAAUGUGGGAAAGCCUUCAGCCAGAGUUCAUCCCUUACAAAACAUCAGAGAUUCCAUACUGGAGAGAGACCAUUUAAAUGCAAUGCAUGCGAUAGGGCCUUUAGCCAGAGUUCAUCCCUAAUUCAUCACCAGAAAACUCAUACUGGAGAGAAACCCUUCAAAUGUAAUGAAUGUGGAAAAGCUUUCAGCCAGAGCAUACACCUUACUGAACAUCAAAGAAUUCAUACUGGAGAAAAACUCUACAAAUGUAAAGAAUGUGGGAAAGCAUUCAGUCGAACUUCAUCCCUUAUUGACCAUCAAAGAAUCCACACUGGAGAGAGACCCUAUGAAUGUAAUGUAUGUGGGAAAGCCUUCAGCCAGAGUUCAUCUCUUACUAAACAUCAAAGAACUCAUACUGGAGAAAAACCCUAUGAAUGUAAUGAAUGUGGGAAAGCAUUUAGCAAGAGCUCAUCCCUCACUCAACACCAGAGAAUUCACACUGGAGAGAAACCCUACGAAUGUGGUGAAUGUGGGAAAGCUUUCAACAAGAGUACACACCUCACUCAGCAUCAGAGAAUUCACACUGGAGAGAAACCUUAUGAAUGCAAUGAAUGUGGGAAAGCAUUCACUAGGAGCACACACCUUACUCAACAUCUUAGAGUUCAUACUGGGGAGAAGCCCUAUAAAUGUGAUGAAUGUGGAAAAGCUUUCAGUGACACUUCGUCCCUUACUAGACAUAAGUUCAUUCAUACUGGGGAGAAACCCUUUAAAUGUGAUGAAUGUGGGAAAGCCUUUAGUGGCCUCUCGGGCCUUAUUCAACAUCAACGAACUCAUACAGGAGAGAAGCCUUAUGAAUGUAAUGAAUGUGGCAAAGCCUUUAGCCGGAGCGCUCACCUCAUUGAACAUAGGGGAACUCAUACUGGAGAGAAACCAUACAAAUGUAAAGAAUGUGGAAAAGCUUUCAGUCAGAGCUCACACCUUACAAAACAUCAGAGAACACAUACUGGAGAGAAACCCUAUAAAUGUUGUUAUUGUGAGAGAGCCUUCAGCCAGAGUUCAUCUCUUAUUCAGCACCAGAAGAUUCAUGCUGGAGAGGAAUACUGUAUGUAAAGAAUGUGGCAAAACUUCCAAUCUCAUGCUUGGAUGAUCCUUCAGGCCUUAUCCAGCAUCGGAAAUCUUGCUUUGUGAACUUAGUGGAUCAACAAAUGUGUCUUGAGCACCCACUAUGUACAUAAGGUUACAUGGAAUAAUUUACACAAAGAAAUGUUAGGCCCUCUUACAAAAAUGUUUCCCUCUUCUAAAAGUUCUUGUGGAUUGAGGGGUGACCCUAGAUGGGGGGGUGG